UAAUAAUUAAUUCAUGUUUAAAAUGACGUUCCUUUCAACUGUCAGCACAGAGGUGCUAUUUCCAAGUUUCCAACCCUUUCCUCUUCAUAAUUACUCUUCUAAAGCAAACCCUCAGCUCUCUCUCUCUCUCUCUCUCUAAAGCCCUAAUCCCACCUCCAUUUUCAACCUCCGGCCAUCUUCUCUUUCUCUCUCUAAAGAAGAAAGAAUCUUAUGUACUGCUACAUAUAUAUAUAACCUAGCUUUCAUUUUAUUCAAAAGACUAUUUACUUUUGCUUUAAUGAGAUGAGAUGAAAACGCCGUGAAGAAGAAACCCCUGAAAAAAGCUUUCCCCUGUCUUUCCAAACUGCCAUAACCACCAACUCCGCUUUCCAAACCCUAAUUUUUUGCGUUCGUUGAAAAAUUGAAGGUGUGAAAUAGAAAAUGGGGGCGGAGGAAGAGGGGUGGGGAGGCUGGCCGCCGGCGCCGGGUGGUUCGCCGCUGUACAUUCAGAAAUACGACCACUGGACGCACUUCGACAACUCCGUUAACGCCGUCUCGUUCGGAUUUGUCGCCACCGCCAUUCUCAUUUCCAUGUUCCUCGUCAUGGCUAUUUUCGAGAAGUUCCUCCGCAACACCUCGCCGGCUCUCUCUCCAUCCGGCGGCCGCCGCCGGCAUUCCGACAUUGAGGCCCAGAAUCACCCUCCCGGCAGCUUCAACACUAAGCCGCUAGCCUACCCAUCGCCCAAAAUAUCAAUAAGUGCAAGAGAAGUAUCAGUGGUGAUGCCAGGUGAUAAAGUUCCUACUUUUAUAGCACAUCCAGCUCCAGUGCCUUGUCCACCCGAGCGAAUGACGUGUCCUCCACAUCAUCACAUUUCCAUUCUUAAUAAUCUACACCACCCCACUUAAUAUUUUAUAUAUAUAUAUAUAUAUAUGCACAUUCAACUUGUUUCGAAUUUUCGAGUUCCCUCCUCUUUUUUGCACACAGCUCUUAGUUUUUGAAUGUAUAGUAUAUGUAAAAACUCUCUUCCAUUUCAGGUUUCAGCUCCUUGUGCCCAUUAUGAAAUUUUGUCACUGAUGUCUGAAUACGACGCCGUAUAAACUGUGCCA